AAGGUCCAUGAAAAUUCUCAUACUUCAGCACAGCCUUGAGUUGGAGGCUCUGGUUACGGCACUAUCAUAUAAAGUAGACACUCACUAUGCACCAAAAAUCAUAAACACAUCACAUACCCACUUGUGUUGCUCAUUACAAACUGUUUUCCCAGAUAACCUUGAAUGACAAGAUACCCUUGAAUGAAAAAAUUCUGCAAUUAAAUUAAUAGUAAAUAAAUACUCAUCUUUUGCGUCACCGGUAUCUAUUUUAGUUCGAGGGUUUCUGUUAAAAUUGUUCAAUAAAGACAAAGUAACCCUUUUAUUUUCCUUUCCUUUGAUCACUGACCCAAUUCAUGGAUGAUUCAAUUGCACUCAAUCUCCUAGUCUUUAUUGUUUAUUCUCAGAUCCUUUCCUCACCUAAUCAUGCUCCUAUUUCCCCACUAAUCACCUAGGUUUUGGCGAGGGUUAGAUUGAAACAUAUCAGGUUUGAACUGGUCAGUGGAAUUUAAUAUUUUGAGGUAAACCCCAUCUCUUUGCGGCUUGUUUCCUUGGUGAGUGAGGUCAUCCAUCUCAUAGGUGACAUCCCAGGUUUCCAUUUUUUUUAAAGUUUGAUUAUUUUUAAGAAUAUCUGAAGAGAUUAUGUCUCCAAUAAGGAAGUUGGUUGUUGGAAGAUUUGUAUUUUACUCCUUUCAUUUUAUCACAUUUUUCAUCCUCUGUAAUUAAAAAAAGGAAGAUAUUUUAGGUGGGGUUUGUACUGUGGCAUUGUUAGGAGUAUCUUGGGAGUGAACAAUUUGUUGAUGGAUCAACAUAGAAGUGAGGUAUUGGAUCCGGUUCAUGAUGGGAAUUUGAGCCAUUCGGCUGAAGGGGUUGCAAUUGCAAGAGAUAAUAUAAGUGGAGAAGCUGGUACUUCAGGAGAGGUGGGUGAGGAUUUGGGAUCUGAUAAGGAGCCAAAGGAGGAAGUUAAGGGUCAAGACAAGCGUGAUCAAGAAAAUAUUAGUGAUAAUUUACCUGGGGUUGAUCAGGGAACUAGUUAUAAUUCAAGGCAUUUGGCUAAUCAGGAAGUGAUUGAAACUGUGGUUGUAAUUGAGUCUGUUCAGACCGAGUAUGCCAAUGAAGAUAAUAGGAAAUUGGAAGCAAUAGUUGAUGAAUCAGGGUUAAGCUUGGUGUCCAUGAAAACACCAAAAGGGGUGUCUGAAACUGAUAAAAAUUCAUGUGUGAUUGAUAUAAAGUGCAGCAGCCGCAAAGAGUUUUAUGAGAGUUCUGAAGGUGAAAGGAUUUGUAGGAUUUGCCAUCUGACUUCUGGGCAGUCAUUGAAUGCAACAACUGUUGGCACUGUUGAGAGUGCUACAAGCGAAGAUUUGAUUCAGCUUGGUUGUGCGUGUAAAGACGAGCUAGGCAUUGCACACGGUCAUUGUGCUGAGGCGUGGUUCAAGCUUAAGGGGAACAGGUUAUGUGAAAUAUGUGGUGAGGCUGCAAAAAAUGUCUCAGGUGUUACUAGUAAUGCAUUUAUGGAUGAGUGGAAUGAAAGAAGGUUUGUUGACAUCGAUGGUAACUCGUCCCACAGGGUUGUGAGAUGCUGGAGAGGACAGCCAUUUUGUAACUUCUUGAUGGCAUGCCUGGUAAUAGCAUUUGUUCUGCCGUGGUUUUUUCGUGUAAAUAUGUUCUAGCUGCUGAAUCAAACUCUAUUAUUCUUGUCUCGAAUUCUUCAUACUCAGCUCACUAACAUAGUGAAUGAAUGAUUGGUUUGUGGCAUACAUACUGUGGCAUCAGCACAUUUUACUGGGUUAUUAAUGCCUAAAUUAACCACAUGUCCAAGUUAACAUUCUGAAGGUGUGUUCCCUGAAGGUGUGAGAUAUAGUUGACAUUCUUAAGAUGUCCAUAUGAAGAAAUUACCAGCUUGACAUGUGAGAUAGCCAAAUUGUUUCCUGGAUGCCUUCUUUGGAGUGUGUAUGAUGUUCUGAGGUAAAUAUAUACAGAGAGAGAGAGAGAGCAUGUCUUACAUUUGGUGGUAAUAGAUCUUAUUUGUAAAAAUUAAGUAAAGAAUUUGAUGCAAAACAAACAAAAAGAGCCUCUUUUUGUUUUCCUUUC